AUGCCGGCGGACGGGCAGCCUCCGGCUGCUAGCAGUGGCGAUCGAGAUAAGGAUGACUCUCAGGGAGAACAAGGCCAGAGAGGCCGCGAGGCCCAGAGUGGCGCGCCCCAGGGCGCGACUGGCAGCAGCGGCAGUUUCAUAUCGGCGCAGGCGCUCGAGCUGAGGAGCAUUCUGCGCGAGGAGAUCAAGGCGGCCUUGGCCGCCUCGGGUACCGCGGGCCCUACGUCGGAAGGUGCGGCUCAACCGGCCCGCGACUCAGCAUCCGGGCCCGACCCGUGGGAGGAGCUCGGCAACGAUCCCUGGCGGGAAGGAUCCAAGCGAGGCGUCGGCGAGAAUGAAGGAGCGCGAUGGGCAGGCAGAGGCUGGUGGUCAGCCUCGGCCGACGCGCCGAAAAAUUCUCAGGACGACGCGGACUUGGGCCAGAAGAAGUGGAGCGCCAGACACUGGCGCGGCAGCAGCAGCAGUACGUGGCGGCAGUCCCCAGAGGACUGGUCAUCUUCGUGGUGGGAGAAGCCUGAUCUGAGCGACCCCGACGCGUGGUUGGGGUGGGGCGAGUACCGCCUGUGGCGCCGAGGCAUACGGCGCUGGCUAGCCGGGACCGGUGUCUCGGUCGGCCGUCGUGCAGACAAGAUCCCGAAGGUGCUGGACCUCGACUUACGCAAGAAGUUCGAGGACCUAUCGGACGACAUCCUCGUUUCCGAGGCCGGCCCGCAGGCGAUCUUCGAUCGCUUGGACGUGCUCAGCGGCCAGAGGCAGGACGACGAGAUGAGACGGGCCGGCCGCGAGUGCUUGUUCGGGUUUCAGCGCCGGCAGGGCGAGGCGCUGAGCAUCUACGUGGCCAGGAUGGACCAAGUGUUCGAACGCCUCUCCUCGCAGGGGCUCGAGUUGAACAGCAAGUGGCGACGCCUGUUCAUUGAGGAAGGAGUCGGCCUGGGCGACUCACAGAAGCAGAUGCUCAAGAUUCUCAGUAAGAACUCGGGAGAAUACCAGGACCUGCUCCACGCCAUUCGAGAGAUGGAUAUGCAGCGAAAUGAGAGCCUGACCCAGGGCAAGAAGACGUUCGCAGAGUUCGAGCAGACGUCGCAGCCUGUGUUCUACGACGACGAGGAUGCCAGCAGUGUCUCAUCCAUGGAUUCCAGUCAGGAGCAGACGGUGCUGGUGACGGUAGACAAAGCAGACCUCUCGGAGCUAGAAGUCCCAACCAUUUUGGCAGAGCUCGCCUCCGAGAGGCGCAGGACGUGGAAGGAAAACAAGGACUACAAGAGGCGGCUGAAGGGGCCCGUCCUCCGCGACCGCAUCGUGGACAAGACGGACAGUAUCGACCUCGCAAGGUUUUUUCUGACCACACCCGGUGGGGAGAUCAUUGUAGAUGCGGCGGCGGGCCAAGGGCUCAUAGGCCCUGAGUCCCUCUCGAAGCUGGACGAGGGGCUCGCCGCGCUCGGUUUUCGGAUCCCCCGGGUGCCCAGUGCCAACAAACAUGCCCAGGGGGUGGGAGGCCGCACCAGUGUUUUGACCGGUCUUCUGGUCCCUACUGGGAUAGAGGGCCGUCUCGGAGUGAUGGAACUCGAUGCGAUCAGCGAGGAGGUUCCAGCUUUGAUGCCAAUUGGCAUGCAGGAGGCCUUAGGAGCUGUCAUAGACCUUCCAGAAGAGAAGGUCACUUUCAAGAAUUUAGUCACGACGACGCCGCUGAAGGCACUUCCGUCGGGACAUCGGACCAUCCGGAUUGACAAGUUAGGCUCUUCCGACGAUUUUCAUGUUCCAGAGUCGGUGUCGAGCAGGUUCGGUGUCUCGAAGUCUGAUUUUGUGCGGCAGCCUGUUCCGCAGUAUAAGGCGUCGAGAGCUUACUGGGAGAUUCCGCACGUGAGCGGCAUGACAGACCAACACUAUGUCCUGACCGGCCGGGACGUGCCGGAAGGGAUGCAGAUGAAGCGCCUCCGCUGGGUCCACGUGGUCGCGCAGAGCCUCAGGAUAGAGGAGGCGCUCAGCCUGUCGCUUCUCGACAUGAGCCGCUCGGGGCGACUCUGGCCGGUGGCCUUCACUCGCAAGCAGCGCCAGUUCACGAUCCAGAUGCUGCAGUGUCGCCGCGACCCGCUGAGGCGCAGAGUCGGGGCCAACGCGAGCGCGACCUGGAUCAAGUGCAUCGACUGCGACCUGAGGUUGGCCUACUGGAAUGCCCCGAAGAUCGAGGUGCAGCCCCAGCUCCUGGCGAUCAAGGACGACCCGAAUCAUGGCUCAGGGCCCGGGUCGGGAUCAUUGAGCGGUGCUGCGAUGCCGAACAUCCGUCGCUACAACAAGGGCCAGGACGACAGGAAGGAGCUCCUGACCAAGCUGGUCAAGACCGACACCUCCAGGAGCCCGGCGGCGGUGAAGGUGCCGGUCCACUCGGAGGCCACGUCGAGGCCUUCCUACUUACCGAUGCAGGUGGGCGAGCUGGCCCAGGUGGAGCGGAAGAGCCGACCGAGGACAUCGGAGAGUACCCUUGCAAAGGAUCUGAAGGAGCUGAAGGACGCGAUUCUGCAGCAGAACGAGCACAUCCAGCAGCACAGCCAGGCUCUGCAGUUCCUCAUGCAGCCGCACCUGGCCCAGAUCCAGCAGUGCCAGGAGGCAGCGGUCAUGACGGCGAUUCCGGGCACGCCGCGCCAGGCCGACAAGUGGGAGGUGAUCGGUCAGCCAGUCUCCCAGUCGCCGGCGCCGGAGAUGCCGAUCGCAGCGGGGAAGGAGUCCUAA